ACUUUUCUCACAUCAUCCUUUAUUUCUUCUCUUUCAUCUCUUAGUUUUAUUUUUCCAAAAAUGGUUCUAGCUGGUAAGCUUAGUACUGAACUUGGUAUCAUAACACCCGCUGAAAAGUUCUUCAAACUAUUCACAACCAAACUUCACGAAGCACAAAACGUUUGUGAAAGAAUUCAUCAUACCAAACUGCAUGAAGGUGAAGACUGGCAUCACACUGAUUCGGUUAAACACUGGACAAUUGUCAUAGAUGGUGAGGUACAGACAUGUCACGAGAGUAUUGAAGAAGUUGAUGAACAGAACAAAAAAAUCACUUGGAAGGUUUUUGGUGGAAAUAUUGAUAAUCACUAUAAGAUCUUUAAGCUCAUCCUUGAAGUAACUGAUAAAGCUGAUGGUACUGCUGUUGUUAGAUGUACUCUUGAAUAUGAGAAAAUCAAUGAGGAUAUUGAGCCUCCAAAUGGAUGGAUGGAGUACCUUAACAAAUGCAUUAGAGAUAUUGAUGCUCAUCUUUCCAAGUCAUAAAGAAAGUAAGAAAUAAGGUGGAAUGAGUUAAUGGAUGGUGUUGGCUUAAGGGUUCAUCUUUAUAAUUAAUAAGUGUGACGUUUGUAAUAUUGUGGUUGCAUAUGCAUAUUGGCUUUUUGUUUUCGUUUCUAUGUGUGAUCGGUUGAAGAGUGUUACUUAAAUUAUGUGAUGCAAAUCAAUAAAUGGAUAUUUCUUUGUUUUGUUAUUA